AUGCAUCAAGUAGACGAGCAAAGCCGCUCAGGCACUUCCCAGCCACAGUCUCGUCCUCGCAUUCUGCACAUUGGUGGUCCGAUCAAGCACAACCCAGAGCUCUACGACCAAAUAGCUGAAGAAUUCAACCUCAUCCGACCUGAGUUGGCAGAACUGGAACGCAAUGCUUUCAUGCAGAGUCUCAAGGAUCGACGAUGGGGUGACUUCGACGCCAUCAUGCGACCUUUCUGGAAUACUGGUGGCGAGAUGGGUCAAUGGGAUCGAGAGCUGAUUCCGUUAUUGCCGAGUAGCGUGAAGUGCUGGCCGAAUAGCGACAAAGUCCUGGUCGACGCAACACUGCUGAAGAGACUCAAGAAGGGCUCCAGAUUAGUCAACAUCGCUCGUGGCGGACUCGUCGACGAGAAAGCGUUGGUCGAUGCUCUCGAGAGUGGUCAUAUUUUCGCAGCAGACGUCCUGAAUUAUCUUGAUCGUAACAACUUGGCGACUGCACGAUUGGGCAGCUUCGAAAAGGACAUCGGCCUGCAUGGCACACAAUACAACACCGUCAUCAAUCUGUUCUUCGUCGGCUACAUCCUUACACAGAUUCCAACCAACAUGAUCUUGGACAAGGUACGGCCUUCACUCUUCUUGCCUGCGGUGAUGGUCUGCUGGGCUACUGUCUCAGCUGCCACCGGUGCAGUCCACAGCUACAGCGGAAUACUCGCAUUACGCUUCAUACUCGGGUUCGUUGAGGCUCCGUUUUUUCCCGGAGCAUUGUUUUUGUUUUCCUCAUGGUACACUAAGAAAGAGCUCGCUGUCCGAAUAUCGGUCCUAUACGCUGCCGGGCAGAUGACUGGGGCUUUCGGAGGACUCCUGGGAAGCGCAAUCAUGUCCGGGAUGAACGGCGUGGCAGGACUGCCUGCUUGGCGCUGGCUGUUCAUCAUUGAAGGUGUGGCGACGGUACCAGUCGCGGUGGCGGCCAUGUUCAUCCUGCCAGAUUACCCGUCGACAACGAAGUGGCUAUCCGAGCAAGAGCGCAACCUUGCAAUUCUCCGUGUCGCUGAGGAGGCCAAUGUCGAGGAUCGACAUAGCGACACAUCUGCGUUCGGAGGACUCAAGAUGGCCUUCACCGAUCCGAUAUUGUACAUCAUCUGGAUGAUGCAGCUUGGCCUCAACACUGCCGCAGCUUUUACCAAUCUCUUCCGACGAUGGUCAAAACUCUUGGCUACGACUCUCUUGUUGUCUGCGCCGCCAUAUGUCUUCGCCGCCAUCUUGGGUAUCUGCAACUCCUUUCACUCGGACAAGACUAGAGAGCGGUAUUUGCACGUGGUAUGGCCGCAAAUAUUCUGCUCCAUAGGUUUCAUCAUUUCUGCGGUCGCACUCAAAACAGCUGCUCGCUAUACCUCGACCUUCAUGAUGAUGAGUAUCUACGGAUCCUUCGGCUGCAUCCUUUCGUGGGUCUCAACUUCUCUACCUCGACCGUCCGCGAAGCGUGCCGGGGCGUAUGCUGUGGUCAAUGCCGACUCAAACUUUGCUUCGAUCUAUGCCAGCUACUUCUACCCAGCGGAACAGGGACCAAGAUACUGGCAAGCGAAUGUCGCCAACGUGGCCUUCUCUAUGGCUUGUAUUGGAAUGGCUUUACUGCUACGAUUCGUCCUUCAGCGUUGUAAUCGCCUGCUAGAUCGAGCUGCUGAGUCUGCUGACCCUACUGAGGCUGAGCAGGUCGCGUCAAAGUGGCAGAUCAGCCCCGAUUACAGCUACACUCUAUGA